GUAUAUUAAACAUAGAAGGAUCAUGCUGUUACAUACAUGUUUAAUAUCACCAGGCAUGCCUUCAUUUUGACGGAACAGGGGAGAAAACCUGACAAAAGAUAAUACAGCUCUUUGAUUCUAUCAUGGAGCAAAAGCCUAAGAGAAGGCCACCAUUGGGCCCCUAUGAAACGGGACCAAGGGCUUGGAUCGUCAUCGCUGCGUACUUUUUGCUGAGUUUUGUCGAGAUGGGCAUCCUAAAAAGCUUCGGCGUGCUCGUCAAUGAACUUGUCAUUCAGUUCGAUACAAACACUGAAACACUUGGAUUUAUCAUCGGUCUCUACCAUGGAACUUCUUAUGCUUUCGCUCCUAUCAUCUCUCCUCUCACCAAGAAUAAGACUUUAAUAAGACCAUUGAUGGUGUUUGGUAGCUUCAUAAUGGGCCUCAGUCUAUCUCUCUCAUCACUUUCAACAAACAUCGCCUGGUUCUCAGUUGCAAUGGUCGCAUCAGGUGUCGGAUUUUCAAUAAUCUCUCUCUUGACGUUCAUUGUAUUCAGUCUCUACUUCACCAGGCGUUUUGCCCUUGCUUUUGGAAUGGGUGACAUGGGCUGUGCAGUUAGUGUGAUCUUACCGUUACUUACAGAAAAGAUUCUUGAACAUUACGGAUGUCGAGGAACAAUUCUUAUACUUGGAGGGAUUGCCUUUAACACGAUCGUCUUCACUGCGUUGUUAAGAGACCCUCGGACACUCCCGAAACGAAGAGCCAAAGAUGAGUCCUAUACCAACGUGCGAGAAGACGAGAUGGGUGACCGUGAACUUGUCGAGCUUAACGAAGACACUCUCCUCCCCUUGGAUCGCAGUAUCACAAGAAAUGAGCGUCGUCUAAAUGGUGAUGAUGCUUCCUUCCAGAAAUUAUCAACGUCAUCUGGAUGUAAUCAGGUUGAUAACACAAGGGGAGCAUUCAAAGUAGCUUGUCCACCUUUGAAAGAUUGCCUAGAAGACUUCCAUGAUGAAGCUCUUAGAGUUCAUCUGGAAGAUCAACAACCAAACAUGGCAAAGGGGUGCUAUGUGAUAGACUUUUGCCUGACACCUUUCCGAAUGAUCUGGAGUGCUCUUGACUGGUCGCUAUGUCGGGACGAGCCUUACCUCAUCUAUAUCUAUCUUGCUACAUUCAUAUUCGGUAUGAUCACGACGUCUUGGAACAUCUUCCUAAUCUCCCAUGCCGUUGCUAAAGGCAUCACCCUCUCCCAAGCAGUUCUUCUGUCUCUCGUCUCUGGGGUUGGUGAUGCCUUUGGGAGAUUCUCACAGGGUCCUAUUGUUCAUAAUCGCUGGAUGACUUCUGUUGGCCUCUUUAUGUUCUCAGCCGGAUUGAACAGUAUACUCUUCUUCUGUGAUCCUCUCCUGAAAGGCUUUGGUUGGUUAGCCACCGGAACUGUCUUGAAUGGUAUUUUUUUCGGCACUCAGACAUCUCUUUUAUCGAUUAUGCUCAAGGAUUAUACACCAUCUCCAAGACUUUCGACGUCAUAUGGUUUGUCCAGUGUAGCCUAUGGCUUUUCCGAACCCAUUGGUGGAUUUGCAGCAGGUUGGAUAGCUUCCGUUCUUGGUUAUGAGAUGAUGUUCGUGUAUUUAGGUGGACUGUCUGUUCUCUCCAUUAUAACCCUUGUUCCAGCUUAUAAACAUUACCGAAGACCACCUAAAAUAACUCAAGGGCCAUGAUCAGCUAAAUACAAGAAAAUAAAUGGAGUACAUGCUGUAUUUGUUCACGAAACCAAAUUCAAGACAUGCAUUAAUAUUGCAGCCGAUUUCUUACUUUAUUUGAGCCAUUAAGUAAAUAUUCAGUGUGAUUGCAAUCAUUAAAAUAUAAAUGUAAUUUUCACUUUAAUCAUGGAUGAGAUGCAUAUCUCACUAAUAUAAAACAAUGAAAUUUCGGAUCACCAUGAAGACGAGCAAAACAAUUUGUGCAUAUUUGAAACUUGGAUAUCUUAAGCCUUAUACGUUAUCGUCUUGAUCAAAUAUGUACUAUGUAUAUAGGCAAUGCGAGUGCGGGCGAUAUUUCUAUUGUAUUACCUGCAAGCUUUUCUUUUUCCAAUUAUUAAUUAUUCCCCUUCCGAUCUUUUUACUGUUCUUACCUCUAUUAUCUAUUUUUUUUUCUCCUUCCAUUUCCCCCCCCCCCCUCCCUGUUUAAUUUCCCUUCUGUGCACUGCUAAAGUGCCAAUAUGGACCGCGGUCGCUUAGGCGCCCUUAAUCGCAUAUGCCUAUCGUGACAUACCGCCAACUUAACAUGCUUAAGGACGUUCCACAGUUAAAGUAAAAUCCAUGUCAUUUUCACCAAACUUUGCACAUAGAUACUUUAGAACCUUAAUAUUCGAAAUAUGCAAAAAUUAACAUAGGUCCAUGUGCUUGAUUUUUUGCUAUAGAGCUUCAAAGUUCACCCAAAUUGAUGUUCUUAAGAAUUGCGCAUUCAAAAGAAUUUGGCAUUUUUAGACCGCCCAAGAUUACUACAAUGAGUUUAAACCUCCAUUACUCAUUCAAAAUACAUGAAAAAGUCAUCAAACUUCGCAAGAGAGUUAAUAAUUGUAUCGUUAGAAUGGAGAAUCUAUUAAUAGUGCUAUUUGUUUGCAAUUUUAAGUUUAACAGCACUGUCAGUUCUUAAAAAUGGCGUAAAAGAUAACAAAAUCCCAAUCUGAAAAAUGUAAAAUUUCAGUAACAAACUACAAACGUACAAUAAAUGCUGCACUUUAUUCAAAAUCCAUGUCAUCUUCACCAAAAUUUGCAGAGUUGUAGAGAAAGGUAUACCUAAGAGGUACAAACAUAAAAAAAUAGGGGUUCAUGUGCUUGUUUUUAAACUAUCAGCAUUUUUAUUAGAGCAAAUGUGCUUUUUAAAACACCAAAAAUGGGCCGAAUGCUUAGUAUCUAUGUGAAGAAAAAAUCAAAACCACUCUACCAUUUAUUCAAACUCGGGCUAAUAUUCGUGAUUCUUGGCAGCACUGCAGAGUAACGUAUUUUGAAAUUGUAGAGAAUAUUUUUUUGAAUGGUCCAUGGAAUAAUUCAAUUUUUUAGCUUCAUGAAAUAACGCAUCGGAUCUGCAAUUAAAGUGCAGAAGAUGAGAAAAAUCAGCUCUUACCCGCAGCUAAUUAAUCACCUGUUCAUCCAUUGUGACGUCAGCGCGCAGAGUGUAAACUAUGCGCAGAUCAUAAUGCGCACAAACAUAACUGUGGAACGUCCUUAAAGGACAAGUCCACCCCAACAAAAAGUUGAUUUGAAUAAAAAGAGAAAAAUCCAACAAGCAUAACACUGAAAAUUUCAUCAAAUUCGAAUGUAAAAUAAGAAAGUUAUGACAUUUUAAAGUUUCGCUUAAUUUCACAAAUCAGUUAUAAUUUUAUGUACACCCUGUUCGGUAUGCAAAUGAGGAGACUGAUGACGUCAUCCACUCACUUUUUAUUUUGUAUUUUAUUAUAUGAAAUAUGAAAUAUUUUAAUUUUCCCCUCAUUGUCAAGUGAAACGAUUAAUUCCUCCCUGAACAUGUGGAAUCAGCAUUGUUUAAUACUAUAUGGUUAAGUCAAGUUGGUCCUUAUUGUCAAAUCUGUAAAAAAUGAAAUAUUGUAUAAUUCAAACAAUAAAAAACAAAAGAAAUAGUGAGUGAUGGACAUCAUCGACGGACUGAUCUGCAUGUCACCGAGUUGUGGAUAUCACAGUUUUGUGAAAAAUAAGGGAAACUUGAAAAUACCAUAACUUUCUUAUUUUACUGCCGAUUUUGAUGAAAUUUUCAGCAUUCUGCUAGUUUGAUUUUUCUCUAUUUAUUCAAAUCAACAUUUUUCUGGGGUGGACUUGACCUUUAAGGAAGAAAUAUGUCGUGAACGCAUAAUUUGUAUAUAUGGCUGGAAAGAGCAUCUUCUACCAAACAAUUUGAUCCCAUAUUCAUUAGGUGUGUCUUCGCGCUUAGAUAACUAAUACCGGUAUAGGUGUUCUUUGCAGUGAUGUAAAUUUUGAUUUGCGCCAUGAAUGAAUACAUAAUUCAACGAUGUCAUAAUCCUACAUGAGUUGGUAAACAUAAUUAUUUGCAAAUCUCCUUUUCAAUUGAAUUAUCUGGAGAAUUGAUACUUAAAAGUGUUUAUUAAACAAUCAUAAUGUAAAUCAUUGAAAACCCUUGUAGGAUUAUGACAUCUGCAUUCUUUCAUUGAAGUCAUGCCUUACUUUGGCGCAAAUUAAAAUUUACAUCAAUGCAAAGAAUACCUCCAGAUCAUCCAAGCGCUAACAUAUACCAAAUAAAUAUGAUAUCAAAUUAUUUGGGAGAACAUAUUCUUUUAGGCCAUAUAUAAUCAUUAUUUGUUUAUGACUUUUUUUCUUACAUCGGGGAUUUGCGAGGUGUCAUUUUUUUACAGGGAUAAGACGCCCUUAAAUAAUAGCCUCGAACCCAGAGGAAUCAAGU